GACUGUGACCUCUUGGGCGUUUUUAUUGGUGCUUAUCCCGCGUCCUGGGAAUGUUUUUGUUAUGAAAAACAAAGGAUCUAUACUCGUUGACUAGUUGUAAAAUACGUUUUCCGCUUAAUUUGAGUUGUUUUUUUUAUAUGUCGAGUUUAAAAAUAAUCAACAAAGUCCGUUGGAGUUCGUGUUAACGGUUUAGUUGUGGUGAAGAACUGGCUAAACAGCUGAGAGAUUAUUGUGGUGUAAAGUUUGAUCGGCAAUAAAAUACUGACACCUCUUUGAUGACAGUAAAUGUUAUAUUAAUGAUGUGGUAUUAGUGAUAUUAUUGAUGUCCAAUAUACGUUAAUCUUCGUGCUGAAGGACAGGAGAAACGACAACAAGACAUUUACCUCUGUCAUACGGAGGAUUUGAUGAAGCUUUACAAUGUCGUCCACUCGCUCUCCCCUGAAAACCAAGAAUGAAAACACAAUCUCUACUAAAAUGAAUAACAUGUCCUUUGUGGACAAAGAAAACACGCCACCCAGUUUGAGCUCCACCAGAAUCCUGGCGUCCAAAACGGCGCGCAAAAUCUUUGAUGAAUCAGAGGGGCAGUCGAAAGCAAAGAAAGGAGCAGUGGAGGAGGAGCCUCUUCUGAAGGAGAACCCCCAUCGCUUUGUCAUUUUCCCAAUUCAGUAUCAUGACAUCUGGCAGAUGUACAAGAAGGCAGAGGCCUCUUUCUGGACAGCUGAGGAGGUUGAUCUGUCCAAAGAUCUGCAACACUGGGAUUCCCUGAAAGACGAGGAGAGAUAUUUCAUCUCCCAUGUUCUGGCUUUCUUUGCUGCAAGUGAUGGCAUUGUCAAUGAGAACUUGGUGGAGCGUUUCACUCAGGAGGUCCAGGUGACUGAAGCCCGCUGCUUCUAUGGCUUCCAGAUAGCAAUGGAAAACAUCCACUCAGAAAUGUACAGCCUGUUGAUUGACACCUACAUUAAAGAUUCUAAAGAGAGGGAAUUUCUGUUCAAUGCCAUUGAGACAAUGCCAUGUGUAAAGAAGAAGGCUGACUGGGCACUCAACUGGAUUGGUGAUAAAAAUGCACGAUAUGGUGAGAGAGUGGUGGCCUUUGCUGCAGUGGAGGGAAUCUUCUUCUCUGGGUCUUUUGCUUCUAUUUUCUGGCUAAAGAAGAGGGGACUCAUGCCUGGACUCACCUUCUCCAAUGAGCUGAUCAGCAGAGAUGAGGGUCUUCAUUGCGACUUCGCCUGCCUCAUGUUUAAACACUUGAUCAACAAACCAUCAGAAGAAACCGUGAAGAAAAUCAUCAUGAAUGCAGUUGAAAUUGAGCAGGAGUUCCUGACUGAUGCUCUUCCCGUGAAGCUCAUUGGCAUGAACUGUGACCUGAUGAAGCAAUACAUUGAGUUUGUGGCUGACCGACUGUUAUUGGAGCUGGGAUUUGACAAGGUCUAUAGAGUGGAGAAUCCUUUUGACUUCAUGGAGAACAUUUCGUUGGAGGGCAAGACCAACUUCUUCGAGAAGCGAGUGGGCGAGUACCAGCGCAUGGGAGUCAUGUCGGGAACUACAGAUAACACUUUUACUCUGGAUGCUGAUUUUUAAAGACUCAAUCUGAGUGCUUCAACGGACACUUAACACAAAACUAUGGACUUCUGGGACUUUUGCUGUAUAGUUUACAUGUUUUUGUUUAACUUUGUUUUAGCGAGAUUAGUAUUAAAUAAGCUUUUUUAUUUUUGUUUUACAUAAUAAAAAAAAAAUUUGAAUUUCAACUUUUUGGAUGAGGUAUUGCUCGAAGUAUCAAGUUAGGUUUUUCAAGAUAUGGUAGCUCAAUUUAGCCCAGACUCUAUUUCGUGUAAAUGAGGUAAAAUGAGUUAUGGAGAUUUAUACUGCAUUUAGUAGCUAGCUUGCCCCAGAGCAGACUAAUAAGGCUAAGACUAAUCCUAGUGAUUUAUCUGUUAGUAAUUCAUUUAAGUUACUCUGGCCAUUUACUUAUAUUGGCAGUAUAGAUAAUAUUUCUCACUUCCAUAUAAAGUAUGGGAUCGACUCAUAAAUUAAGGUACAAAUAUAGAAACAUGAAUGGAUAAAAUAGAUGCUCCAAUAUUGGGUAAGAGUAUGCAGUUAGUUAUUUAAUAAACUUUCCUGUGUAACAUGGUUGACUUUUGGUCACAUUUAACACAAAGUAAACCACUGCUAAUUUGAUGGUUAUACUUUGGUGUAGGUAACUUUACAGCAUCUUCCCAAACCAGAACAGGGUUCGAGACAUUGCCACACUGUCCAUCAAAUUUUUUUUUAUUUUUUUUAAAAAAAUCAAUAAAGAGAAAAAUCGUUA